GAGGUUUUUUCAAACAAAAUAAACAUUUAUAGAAGAUGGGACAAAUCCAUUUUUUUUCUUUUGUGUAAUUUGUUUUGUUAUUGAGUGAGGUCAUAAUGACGAGCACCAAAUUUGGUUCGGUUUUAUUCACCGUUUCUAUUUUAAUUGUGUUUAUUUUGGAAUCGGCUCAGGGAGAUGUGAAUUUGAAACACAAAAAUGAGCCCUGUGUUUGCGUGCCAUUUUACCAAUGCACAGACGACAUCGCUGGGGAAGUAGUGACUGACGGAAGAUUUUUAUUGGAUCAGAGAAUGGAGCAUCCUACCUUUUGUAAUGGACCCUUCGACGUCUGUUGCAAUAUUGGAAAAAUUAAACCGAAACCAAAAAAGACUCGGGAUUCUUCUGUGGGAUCGACCAAUCCUCAAAAAUGUGGAUAUCAGGAGGAAGAUGUCCUUUCUUGGGCGGCUAGUAUGCUUUUUCAGAGACCUGAUAAGAUAUUUCCACCCACCUACAAAUGUGGGGCCAGUAUCAUCCAUAAAGAUGCUGUCUUGACUGCGGCCCAUUGCUUGGAAGAAGAAGGGUAUUACUUCAUCAAAACAGGUGCUGCUACUAGAAGAAUAUACAGCGUGACCAUUCACCCGGAGUUCGAGAUGGGAUCUCUUCGACACGAUGUUGCAGUACUGUCCAUGAAAAAAAUGGAGGACACUACCGAUGGGCCCAUGAUAGCUUGCAUACCUCCGGUACCCAAUGUGGAGCACAACGCUGAAUGCAUAGCGGCCACAUUCAACAGUGAGAUGAACCAGCUGGAGAAGAUCUACGUGCCGUAUGUCGAUCCCGUCAUUUGUACGGAACGCCUUAGCACAACCAGACUUGGCAAGUACUUCGAGCUGCACGAAAGCUUCGUAUGCGCCGGAGGCAGCGAGAAAGACACCUGCAUUGGGGACGGCGGAAACCCACUGAUUUGUCCAAUACCGGGACAAUCAGGGAGGUACAACCAGAUAGGCAUCGUGUCCUGGGGAAUUGGAUGCGGCAAAAAAGGCAUUCCUGGUGUUUAUGUCAACAUAUCCCACGUCCGGGAUUGGAUUGACGGGGUUAUGAAAAUUUUAGGAAAGGAUGACCAGGUGUAUAAAGAUUGACCUGUCACAUUUUUAUGUUGUAAUGAUGUCAUUGAAUUUAUUUUAUUCGCGGUGGUUCAAUAAAGGUUCCAUCACAUGAUGUUCCACAAUUGCAAUACCAA